AUGGGGGCUCAACAGGGCAAGGAUCUCCGGCCUUCAGGAGGGAGCUCGUCCUCAUGCGGCAGCGCUCCGAGGUCGACGAAUCUCAAACGCAAGAAUACUCGAAUGGACCAGCAACGGUUGAGCUCCCAGCUGACCUCAACCGCUCCAAAUGUGUUUGCUGAAAACUACGAUUUUUUCUGUGAUCAACUAGGUCUGCAGCAUCGACCUUUACCCGAUGUUCCUCCGGUCGGUGCAAUCCCUGAUGAGCUAUGGGCCACGGCGAAUCCAUCUUGGACAUCGAAAGAAAACCUGCUGGACGACAACGACCCGACGAGCUCCGCAGAAUCGGACGUUUUCGUGGCUCUAUACGAUUUCCAAGCAGGAGGGGAUAAUCAACUAUCGUUGGCGAAAGGCGAUCAGAUCAAAGUGCUGUCGUACAACAAGACCAACGAGUGGUGUGAGGCACAGUCUCGUGGCGGGCAAGUGGGUUGGGUUCCCGCCAACUACAUUACACCGGCGAAUUCCUUAGAGAAACACUCGUGGUACCACGGGCCGAUAUCACGCAAUGCAGCCGAGUACCUUCUGUCGUCCGGAAUCAACGGCAGCUUUCUCGUCCGAGAGAGCGAGUCCAGCCCGGGUCAGAGAUCGAUUUCACUCCGAUUCGAAGGCAGGGUCUACCAUUACAGAAUCAAUGUGAGUGAAGAGGAUAGCAAAGUCUACGUGACGUCGGAAUGUCGUUUCAAUACACUAGCGGAACUGGUUCACCACCAUUCCCUCCACGCCGAUGGACUCAUCACGCAGCUGCUCUACCCAGCACCAAAGAGAAACAAACCCGCAGUAUUCGCACUGUCUCCGGAACCGGAUGAGUGGGAAAUAGACCGGACGGACAUCGUGAUGAAACACAAACUGGGAGGUGGGCAGUACGGAGAUGUGUACGAGGCUACUUGGCAAAGGCACAACAUCACCGUCGCUGUGAAGACGCUCAAAGAGGACACGAUGGCGCUGAACGAUUUCAUGGAAGAAGCCACCAUAAUGAAAGAGAUGCGACAUCCGAACCUCGUCCAACUCAUCGGAGUAUGCACCCGAGAGCCCCCGUUUUUCAUAAUCACAGAAUUCAUGCCUUACGGCAAUCUACUGGAUUAUCUGCGCAACUCGUCGCCGGAAAGCAUCGACGCCGUCGUCCUCAUGCACAUGGCAACCCAGGUUGCUUCAGCCAUGGCUUAUCUCGAAAGCCGGAACUUCAUCCACAGAGACCUAGCGGCGAGAAAUUGUCUUGUGGGAGAGAAUCAUCUCAUCAAAGUCGCCGAUUUCGGUCUCGCGAGACUCAUGAGGGACGACGACACGUAUACGGCUCACGCCGGUGCCAAAUUCCCGAUAAAAUGGACCGCACCCGAGGGUUUGGCGUUCAAUAAGUUCUCGACAAAGAGCGACGUCUGGGCGUUCGGAAUCCUUCUCUGGGAAAUCGCUACUUACGGCUCCUCGCCGUAUCCGGGCGUAGAUCUCUCCGAAGUCUACCGUAUGCUCGAGUCGGGCUACAGAAUGGGCUGUCCCCCUGGGUGCCCUUCGAGCGUUUACGACCUCAUGCAGAAAUGCUGGUCGUGGAACGCCAGCGACCGACCGAGUUUCCGCGAGAUCCUGGAAAUGCUCGAGCACAUGUUCCAGCAUUCUUCGAUCCAAGAAGAGGUCGAACGUCAACUAGAGAAUCAACAAAGUCACGAGGACGACGUUCCGCCGCCACCGGCCCCCGUCGUGCUCACGACGCCCAAGAAGGAGUCGCCUAUUCAAAAAAUGGGCAUUGUGUUACCGAGUGCCAACGCUCCCUCGAAAGGAGUCCAGAUGCGGAAGAGCAAGGCGAAGCAGGCUCCCGCCCCGCCGAAACGGACGAGUUCUUUCAGAGAUAGUUCGUGUGUGCCUGACGAAGGAACGACACCAUCUACUGAAAAUCUCGGCAGCCUGGAGAAAGUUUGUGAGAACGACGAGGACGAACCAGUUCGGUUGCGAACUCAACAUCAUCAUCAGCAGCAGCAGCAGCAACAGCUUGGCUUGAAAUUCAGUGCAGCGCCUAGAAGGGUCAAUGAUGAGCAGGUUCAAAUAGCGGCUUUGGACGUACAGAAUGUCAAGCAGGCCAUCAACCGUUAUGGUACCUUGCCAAAGAACGCCCGUAUCGGCGCCUAUCUCGAAUCUCUCCGCCAGCACGGCCUACACACGGGAGUGCAGAACGCGCCUCCCGUUCCCGUGAAAAGCGGAGACUUCGUGCAUUAUUCCGUUUCGAAACACGCCCCAUCGUCCACCCCAACCGAUCAGCAGCAGCAGCAGCACCAGCAUAGUGAUGAGAGUUUGUCGACGCCGUUCUUCCUCCGGCAGAAGUCUGAUCUCACUCAUAACAAGGGCGGGAUUUCUGACGAAUUCAAUCAAAAAUGGAAACGGGACUCGAGGACAGAGCAGGACGUCAGCGGAGCGUCGUCGUUCGCAGCGAGCUUCCUUAGAAGGUCGAUGAAGAAGUCGCCUUCCAAGUCGAGCGAUCUGCCGCCGCGCAAGAGUGGAAGCGUCGAUCAUUUAGACUCGAUGCGCGAAGAGACCACCAUCAGCGUGAGCUUGAGCAGCAACAGCAGCUCGAAAGACAAAAAGAAGAAGGAGAAGAAACACCGCAAAGAGAAGUCCGAGGAACGAAGGACAGCGCCCGGUCCCAACCCGCAGGUGCAGAAGCAGAUGGACGAAGCAGGAGCCACAGUCCGCCCGCUCUUUACGGAGCUUUUUGAGAGCUUGAAGGCAAAAGCUGCCAAAAAGUCCGCAGAAAGUGCGCUGCUCAGUAAACUCCAACAGGAGAACAAAUCACCGAAACUCGCCGUACGCAACGGAAACGGCGAAGUUGAGCGCAGGGUCUCGUCUGGAAAUUCCUCCGGCGAAGAGGAGAAACGCCAAAGCGCCGGGAGUAUCUCGAGCCUCAAGAAGCUCUGGGAGGGAACAGGUAGUAAUUCCCAAUCCAUGAUUCCCAAUUCCCAAAACCCAGUAGCAAACCAAAUCAGUCCGGGUCAACAAAAAAUCGGUGGAGGAGGCGGAGGAGGCGGCGGCGGGGGGGGAAUCGGUAACGGGCGUCCCGAUACGCUCAAAACAGCAAAAUCCGUCGAUGUCAAAGGCAAGGGCAGAACGCCCGAUGGACCGAACCAGCCCGGAGGGAUCAGCACCGAGAAACCGGUCAUACCGACGAAGCCAUCGCUCAUCAAGAGCAAGUCAAUGGUUUUAGGCAUCGGUUCCGUGACCGGGAAAAAAUUGGCGCCGAAACCCCCGGUACCGUCCUCGAAACCAUCGGUCGACAACUCCGGGGACACCGUGGCGAACACGAAGGCAUCGAUUAUUGAAACAUCCGCAGCUAUAACACAGGCCAUCAGCACGCUCAAAAACUCCAGCUCGGUCACGUCUUCGCACAUCAUCCAGCUAUCUGAUAAGGUCCAGUUGCUGCACACACCUUGUCUGACAUACGCGGAAACGAUUCCGCCCGCCGGUCGUUUCAAGUUCCGCGAGCUCAUGAGCCGACUGGAAACUCAAGGAAACUCCCUGCGUGGCACAACGAACAACAACGUCACCCAGACGGCGAAGACCCUCGAUGAUCUGCACAACACCGUCCGCGAUCUCGUCAACCUCGUACAGCGAUGA